AUGGCUCGACGAACUCGCAUUCCCACGCGGGCAGAGCUGACUGCCCCUUUCCAGUCCAAGGCAGCAUUUGUCGACUUUGUGAAGGCGCCUGUCGAUAAUGAAGGCCAUGUCACAGUGGGUGAUCCAAAGUGGUCCAACAAGGACUUGGAGCCGACGCCCCCGGAGCAUCGCACGUGGACAUGGUUCAAUCUUCCCCUGUACUGGUUCUCCAACCAAUUCAGCUUAACGGGAUGGAACACUGGCUCCUCUCUCGUUGCCGUUGGUCUGACAUGGCAACAAUCCUUCAUCUCGUGUGUCCUUGGCGCCCUCCUGGCCUCCGUGAUCGUGGUUUUGAUGGCGCGUCCUGGCGUCAAGUACCAUAUUGGAUUCCCUGUUCUCUGCCGUUCGAGCAUGGGAAUGUAUGGAUCGUACUUCUUCAUCUUCAUUCGCGCCAUUGUAUGCAUCAUCUGGUAUGGAAUCCAAACCUUUUACGCUGGCUCGAUCCUCUCUGUCAUGCUUCGAUGCAUCUUUGGCAGCUCCUGGGAAAACAUGGCCAACAUGUUGCCCGGCGAUGCCGAUAUUACAUCCAAGGUGCUCUUGGCCUUCUUCCUGGCCUGGAUCAUGGAGUUCCCUUUUAUGUGGAUUCAUCCUAGACAUAUCCACUAUAUUUUCACCGUCAAGGGCUUCACCAUGCCCAUUGCUGCCUUCGCCAUCUUUGGCUGGUGCAUGCACCUAGGGGGCGGCCUCUCCUCGAUGAAGAUGGCGAGCGAUGUGGCCGAGACUCUCGCCGACAAGACCCCCCUCGGCUGGAUGAUCAUGAAUGGCAUUAACGUCAUCAUGGGUAGCCUCUCGCCCAUGUUGGUCAAUCAGCCUGACUUGUCCCGCUACUGCGCGAAACCCCGGGAUGCGGGUGCCCUGCAGGGUGUCAGUGUCUUCAUCUCCUCGGUCCUCGUCUUCUUCCUCGGCCUUGCCUCCACCACGUCCAUUCAGAGCAUCUGGGGCGAGGCAUACUGGAAUAUCUGGGACCUUCUCGGCUCGAUUCUCGACCACUACUGGAACCCUGCCACGCGCGCCGGCGUUUUCUUUGUGGCUCUGGCCUUCUUGCUCGGUGUCUUUGCCACCAACUUUGGCGCCAAUUCGAUCCCCUUUGGAGCGGAUAUGACCGGUCUGUUCCCAAAGCUCCUCACCAUCCGUCGUGGUCAGAUUCUCUGCUCGGUGCUUGGUGUCGCUGUGGUUCCCUGGAAGCUCAUGGCGAACGCCAAUGCGUUCCUGUCGUUCCUUGGCAGCUACAACAUCUUCAUGGCACCACUUUGUGCCGUUAUCAUUUUCGACUAUGCCUUCAUCCGCAAGGGCAACGUGCACGUUCCGUCCUGUUAUGACGGCAGCAAGCACGGCCUCUAUUACUUCUGGUCCGGCGUCAACUGGAUUGGCGUGAUUGCGUGGCUGCUCGGGACGACCAUGGGUAUUCCGGGCCUCAUUGGACAGUACCAGCCGCAGCUCAUGAGCGACGCCUCUCGUUACAUGUACAUGAUGGGCUGGAUUCUCACAUUUGUGACGUCUGCCGUCGUGUACAUGGUCGCCUCGCUCCCGAUCAAGUCGAGGUGGAGGAUCUUCCCGAGUGGUCGCGAGGAUGCCCCUUUUACCUGGGAGUGGCUGUCAAACGAAGGCAGGGAAGGUUUCUUUGACGGUGACCGGGAGAACCAGAGUGUUAUUUACGCGCCUCCAACUCCUACUGGCACAGACGGCGAGGAGGCCCGAUUUGGAGAGAAGGGAGGUGAUAAGAUGAUCUAA